UACCGCUCUCUGCUGCAGAGAGGGGCUUCGUGACGUCACUGGCGGCUCCAGCGGCUCGUUGAUUGGAGAAGGAAAAAAAUGGGGAGAAGAUUGUGAGGUACUCAGGACCUCUAAAGUACAGAGACUGAAUGUUCCCUCCCUGCUCAGUCAUGUGACUGACCUGGCUCUUCCAUUUUACGGUGGGAUCUUUUCCUCCUCAUGCUGACUAACCCAGUCUGCCCCGUUCUCACCAUGAGAGUUCUGACCUCCGUGCCCUCAUACUGGCGCUGCCGUCGUGCCGCAUGAGCGCCUCCCUCCCCUCCAGCAGUUACUGCACGGAAUGGCCUCUCUGGACCUGCCAUACCGCUGUCCUCGCUGCGGGGAGCACAAGCGCUUCCGAAGCCUUUCGUCACUACGAGCCCACCUGGAGUACAACCACACAUACGAGACCCUUUAUGUCCUCUCCAAGUCCAACAGUGUAUGUGACGCUGCCGCUCUGCUGCCCCUAGUGGCCGAGGGAGCUCUCCUCACGCCCGCCAACAACAACGACCCCUUCGAAGCGCUCCGGCCUUCAGCUCUGAAGGAGCGCCACUUUCCCUGCAGGGAGCUUCCCUGUGCCGACGACCUCAGCUUGACCCCAGCUAACUCCAACUCCGAGGCCAGGUACAUUCCUAAUGUGGAGUUCCCCCUGGGGGAGAUCUUCAUGAAGAAAGCGAUGACAUCCACGGAUCCAGGCAGCCAUGGAAACCCCAGUACUGCUGUGGCUGUGGCUGCGAAUGUGGCUGCCAGUGCUGUAGAGGCGGCUUAUGAGGAGGGCCUGGCGAGGCUGAAGGCGCGGGCGUUCGAGCGGCUGGAGCUGGACGAGAGGCUGGAGAAGUUGUCGGAGGAGGUGGAGCAGAAAAUAGCGGCCCGUGUAGGCCGUCUCCAGGCGGAGCUGGAGAGGAAGAGCUCUGAGCUGGAGAGGGCCAAGCAGGAGAGCGAGCGGCUGAGCCAGGAGAAACAGGACCUGGAGGACAAGGCCUCUGAGCUCUCUCGGCAGGUGGACGUCUCCGUGGAAAUGCUGGCCAACCUCAAGCAGGAUCUGGUGAACAAGGAGGCGGAGCUAAACCACAAACAGCAGGAGGUUUCCCAGAUUGACCAGUUCCUUCAGGAGACGGCGGCGCGGGAAGCCAAUGCUAAGGUCCGCCUGCAGCAGUUCAUUGAGGAGCUUCUGGACCGAGCUGACCGUGCUGAGAAACAGCUGCAGAUCAUCAGCAGCUGUGGCACCACACCGAACGGCAGCUUAGGACGCUGCAGUCUGCAGGCCUCGAAGGGCACUGGGCGCCAGAGAAAUUCCAGCCUCUCUGGGAGCACAAGAGGAAUGUACCAAGUAUCAGAGAGACGAUCUUCUCCCAGCACAGGAGCAUCAGGGAGGAUAAAGUCUGUCUCCCAGGGUUCUGGAGGUUACGACAGCGACAGCGUCGAGAUGCAUCCUAUGGAGGAUUGUCCCGAGGCGCAGUACUAUCACAUGCAGUGCCGCAUGGGUGAGGGUGGCUACGAGCGCUCCCCGGGAUGCGGAUCUAGAAACUGGGGUCUUCGCAAGCAGGCCAUUCAGAACUGGCAGCGGCGACCGUACAGGAACAGCACCGAGGGUGAGGAGGGGGACGUGUCGGACGUGGGCUCGCGGACCACCGAGUCUGAAGUGGAGAUGUGGGAGCAAGAGCGGAGAGCCGUGGCUGAGAUUCAGCAGUCUGCAGUACCCUAUACUCACCACAGCAGGGCAGCGUAUCGCCCUAACACGGGUCGGUCUGAUGUGGUUUACAGCAAGCCAUGCCGCCAUGAAAAGAGCCCAUCGAAAUCCAAUGAGGUGAUAAGUCCAGAGAUCCUGAAGAUGCGUGCAGCGCUCUUCUGCAUCUUUACCUACCUGGACACCAAAACCCUCCUGAAAACCGCCGAGGUCUGCCGCAACUGGAGGUUCGUGGCCCGACACCCAGCUGUGUGGACCAGAGUGCUGCUGGAAAACGCUCGCAUUUCUUCCAAGUUUUUGACCACAUUGUCUCAGUGGUGCACUCAGACACACUCCCUCAUUCUCCAAAACCUUAAACCAAGGCAGCGAGGCAAGAAAGAAUCCAAGGAGGACUACCUUAAAAGCACACGUGGCUGUCUUGAGGAAGGUUUGGAGGCGUUGUUAAAGGCCACAGGAAGUAACCUGCUGAUACUAAAGAUUUCACACUGUCCCAACCUGCUGACUGAUCGCUCCCUAUGGUUGGCCAGCUGCUACUGCCGUGCCCUCCAGGCCGUAACCUAUAGGAGCGCCACAGAUCCAGUUGGCCAGGAGGUUAUCUGGGCCCUUGGCGCAGGGUGCAGAGAUAUUAUUUCUCUGCAGGUGGCGCCCCUACAUCCAUGUCAACAACCAGCACGUUUCAGUAACCGAUGCCUGCAGACGAUUGGAAGAUGCUGGCCACAUCUCCGUGCUCUUGGUGUGGGUGGAGCUGGAUGUGGGAUUCAGGGACUCGCCUCACUGGCGAGGAACUGCAUGCGCCUGCAGGUGUUGGAGUUGGACCAUGUGAGCGAAAUCAACCAGGAGGUGGCAGCAGAGGUUUGCAGGGAGGGUCUGAAGGGUCUGGAGAUGUUGGUGCUUUCAUCCACACCGGUCACCCCUAAAGCCUUGCUCCACUUCAACAGUGUUUGCCGCAACCUGAAAUCCAUCGUGGUUCAGAUUGGUAUAGAAGACUACUUUGAGGACCCCAACAGCCCAGAAGCCAGAAAGCUGUUUGAUGAAAUGGUUAACAAGCUGCAGGCUCUAAAGAAGAGACCGGGUUUUUCCAAAAUUCUCCAUGUGAAAGCAGACAGCCUCUGCUAACAUCCUUUGUGCAGGUUGCUGGAGAGUGCGACCACAGUAUGAGUUGAUCCGCAGGACGCAGGUAGCUUGAGCCCACCUCUUGGUGGCUAGAUGCAUUUGGAGCACAAGAAACAGAACCAAGAAAGAUCUUAUUGAUGAAUAAAGGCCCAGGAUUACCAAGUAUAUUUUACUAAAUAAAAAUCAUAAAACAGCACCAGAUUUGAUGAAAAUGUGCUAAAUGUUGGUGAUAUUCAGUGGCAGUAGAUUCUCAACCAAGAGCCUGUAUAAACCUUACUAACUCAAGAAACACAGCUGCUUUCAAAACUGUCUCUCAUCCACAAUCUCUCUAAACGUGGAGCCACUUGGAGUGUCACACGCUGCAUUCUUACUUUCUGCAUCUGCAUUAUGCUUAAUGCAAGCUAGCUCUAGCUUCAACAUCAACUGCAGAAACAAGAUGGGGAACGUGCGUAUUUUCCACAGAUGCCCAUCAAGCUUCUGUUUUCACAAGAGGUUGAGGCAUUUUUUUCCUAAAGGUUUGUAACAGGAGCUUUAUGCUUAGGUGUGAUGUUGAGGAAAUAAGUGCUUAUUGUACUCUGUCCCCAAAACUUGCCAAAUCCAAGGGUGUGAACAUGCACUGCUUCCAAGCCCUGCAGAAAGGGUGGAGGGCUCCCGCCCUGCAACACACAGACCAUGUUAUCUUGAAAGUGCAUGGUAGCGCUGGGUUUUGCCUCCAGUACCGUCCUCUGCUUCCUUGUAUGAGAAUAUCCAUGUCAGCCAAACUGGAUUCAGUGUUUAUGAACUUUGUUGUAAUCUCUGGACCUGUUUGCGUCAGAGGACAGUUUGGAGUAUAGUAAGUCGCUGGUGCAUUUUGUAGCGACGUUCAUCUUUAUUCCAGUAUUUCCUUCUCCGGUGUGCCAAUUAUAAAAGGAUGAGGGACCAGGCAAGUCACCAGUGUCCCUACUGGACCCAAGUUUGCUGUGAGCAGAAGCAGCUCAAACUGAAUAUAAAGUGUUGUGUUUCCUAUAAAGCAAAUUAUCCAGGUGUGUACAGGUGUUCUAGUGUUUGUAUUCAUACUGAACAGUGCCAUUUGCAUCACUGGGGCUAUUCUCUUCAUUUUAAUUAAUUAGGUGACAUCCUCUGACCCUCUUCUGAUGUUUUCUUCCACCCAGUAUCACAGCUAGGGUGAAGAGAGCUGACCCCUGUACAUUAAGGGAUCUGGGGCAAGUAUUAUGCUUCAGGACUUCCCUUCAAGUUAGAAAAUUGAUUUGGCAGAAAUUUAGCCAAUCUUUGAUUAGCUGUAUUGUCUUUUUGGGUUAAAGACAGCACUGCUCUACACAUUUUCUGAUUCCAGUGCCGCUUUACUACAGUGGAACAACAAGCCCGUUGAUCUGAUGGCUCUGUCUUGAGCUCAAAGUUUUGGAUGUUAGAGGUGUGUGUGUUUGCCAGGCCUUAAAAAGGAUUCACUGUUUUAUUUGAUAGAAUGUAAUCCCUACUUCGGACCAAAAAUGUUUUGCAUUCUGGUGCACUGAUUUCUCCUUAUCUCUGACUUUAAUAAUGUGCAAUAUUUUAUCAUUCUCUAAAACAUGCACAAAAUCUGAUUACAGAUUGAAAUGAAAUCACUUUACAGGAUGAACAUAACAGUCCUUCCCAUUUGUUUGCUGCAGGUUACGGAGACGGUUCUAACAUAAUCUUUACAAGUGUGAAAUUUGCAUGACAUUUGCAAAAACUUAUGGGGCUAUGAUAGAUGUUUUGACUUAUUUUCGGGGGGGGGGAUUGUUGAUAAAACAUUUUAGCUCAUUAUUUCAAACAUAUGAGCUUUGGAUAUCAGAUAAAUGAGAUGAUAGCAAAAUCAAGCCCAUGGUCUCAUUAUCUCAAGAUAAUGGUAUGAUGAAACGGUUACCACAACUGCCAUAUCUUAAGCACAACGUAUCCCAAGACAUUUUUCUCUGCAUAGUAGAAUCAAAAAUAUUUAAUGAGAAGUGAGUUUAAAAUCUCGUUACUGACAAAAUAAAGACAAGAAAACUGUUACUGCAAGCUUGAAAUUUUAUUAUCUUUAGAUAAUGAGACAGGGAAACCCCAAUCUUUAAAAAAAAUAAACUUUUUUGAGGUUAUGAUAUAAUGAAAGCAUUAUAUAAUGAGAAAAUGAGAUGCAGAGCUUAGGACAAGAGCAUAAAGCAAUGAAGUUGUCAUCUCAACAAAAAAAAUGUUUUAAGGCAUUUUCCUAUCAAAACAAGACUAAAAUUUCUAUCAUUACAUAUUGAGCUCAAGAUCUUGAUAUCUUCAGAUAAAGUAACAUUUGAACAUAACAAAAUCAGCUCUAGAUUUUUGUCAUCUCAACAUGAUGCUGUUUUUCACUUGCCUGCGAAAAACUGCCUGAAAAUGAAAUGAGAAAUUUGAAAAUUUUAAGUCCGGAGUUUUGAAAGGAAAAGUUUGAAGGAACCCUUUGCCUGACAUGCUCACCAUAAGCACAUGUUAAGUUGUGUGUAUGGUCACAUAUAAUAUUCUGUAAGCUGUGACUCUCCCUCUUUUUAUUCCACUCUGAUGUGGAUUGGUUGCUGGCUAACCUGAAGGAAAAAGGCUAACGAUAAAGGAGAUAAACUUCACAGUAGGGAAAACUCCCCACAAAGCACUUGUUGAUUUUGAGUUUCAGACAAUCCUGCAUUCAUUAUCAGCUACUCUGUAUAUAAUGUUUGUAUAUAAAAAAAAAAAGAAGAAAAAAAAAAUCCUGAAAAAAUGACCGACAUUUGAUGUUAUUAUAAUAAGGUGAUGAGUCGGAGUGGAAAAACUGAAGUUUACAGGUCUUCAUUUAGAGUCCAAUGAAUAAUUACACAUAGAGAACUAUAUUAUGUCUAACAGUAGUGUUAAAAUUGCAGUUGUGUACUAGAUACUUUAUAUUAAAUGUGCAUCAGAUUCAUAUAGAGAUGGAGAUUAUUUAAAAAGGUUAAAGAUGAUAAUUCAGCUAUUUAUUUCUAUAUAAAAAGAGCGCUGUGUACAGUAUAAUGUUGGCAUGUUUGUGUUCAUGCAUCAUUCAUUGAGUUGCCUUUUAACUGUUCUGCUACUGUGGCAAAAAAACAAAAAAAACAAAAUUAAAUGUUUAAAGAGCUUUGAUUGCCUGCAGGUUAAUAAUAAUCUUCAUUUGAUCCUGUCUGUUGUUGCACUAUAGAGAAAAACACUAUUUCAGAUGUUUAUUAUGAGUGUUUUUAAUGUUUUCGGGUAUUUAAAAAAAAAUAAAAAAGAUGCACUUUCCUUUUUUGAACACUUUCCAUGGCCCGUUGGUCAUCCAUUUAGACAGAUAUUUCUGGGAUGUCUGUUGCUUGAUUGUUGGAAAUAACAGUAAUAAAUUGCUUAUCUCUGUUUGAGAACAGGCAACAUCUCCCACACUGGAACCUAUCGCUCCCUUUUAACUACAUUUAAGUGCUUUUUAAGUUGCCAGUAUGACCUUAUAUUUGUAUUUGUUGCCAUCUUUGUUUUACUUCUACCCUGUAAAUUUCACACUCACAUCAACGGUAUUCUCGCUUGGUUGUGAAUACGGACUCUUUGUAGACGCUGCAGGGUCAGUAGGCCAGAAAACUACGGCGUAAAGAUGCCAGUGACACUGGAAAAACCUGUAUCUUUGGCUUCCAUCUGUGUACUUACCUUAUCUCAAUGCAUCUUUCUUGAACCGUAACUUUUUUGACUCAAGUGUCUUCUGUUAACAUUUUUAUCAUGCCAUGCAAUAGGAGAAGAAAACUGCGUGAGUGUUAAUGUACUUCUGUAUAUAUUUUAUGUAUGAAUGAUUGUACUCUGCCCAUUCAUCUGAAGUGUGUUUUACACAUUACCUCAACCUUUAACAGGGCAAUUAUUAAUGCAUUUUCUUUUCUUUUUUUUUAAAGUUAUUAGUUUGUUUCUUACUGCCAUUGACAGGUGAUUCAUCCCAAUUUCUGCGAACACAUGAAUUCUGUUGAUGAAAACAAAAAACUUUUCCAAAAAGAUCAAACAGCCUUCUACGAUGACUGCAAUAGAUGGAUUUUCAUUCAUUUGAUGUCAUCAAUAAAUCUGCUUUAAAUUGUA